CUUUUCUACUCGUCUACGGAGUAUAUCCCUCUCACUUGGAAAGCUCUUGGGCCAAGUCAGGCGUGUCCUUUACUUCUGAUAGUUCUGUUACAUUGGAAUAACAGAAAAUCCGGAGCGAGCCAAGCUAGCGAUCUAUUCUCAUGCUAUCGGGUUCGGAGUCAUGAAGUUACUUAGUCGUACCAAAUAUCGACGGUGAGCGACUUCUUCUCUGUACCACUCCUCAACUCCAGGUCUUACACCUUUCGGGAUAUUUCUCCUACAAUCAAAAUGAGUUUCCUCGAUUCCGUUCUCUCGUCUCUCCAGACGGGUAAGCCCUCCCAACCCCCACUGUCUCAGGCGCCUACCUCGCCUGCGCCUGCUUCGACCCCCAAAAAAGAGGAUCGAAAAGCGAUCGCUGUGCGACGGGCGCCUCCGACCAGUGGGAAUGUCAGUGGAGGGAUCAAGCGCAAAGCUGAGGACCAGCUGCCUCGCCCACCAAAACCUGAAAGCAAGGUGACAAAUAAUACAGCUGAAAUGAAACCUACGCUUGCCACGAGGCCAGCGGUAUCGUCAGCACCACCCAAAGCUGUGCCCAAGCCAGUUCCGACCACCACCUCUAGGCCGGCUCUGCCUAAGCCCACCCCGAAACCCAGCUUGUCUGCGACCACAAAGGUGGUACCCUCACAGAAGGCGACAACCCCCAAACCCACAUCGGCAGGCGCUGCCACAGCCUCAAAGCCGCCACCAAAGGGAUCAUUUGCGGAGAUCAUGGCGCAGGCAAAGGCUAAGCAAGAGACGGCUCCUGUGGGGGUAGGCUUACUACGACACCAAGCCGGUCCCAAAGAAAGACUUACAAAAGUGGAGCGCAAGCGGCGCAUGAUGGAACUACAGGCCAAAGAAAAAGAAGCGCGUUUGGGAAGGAAGGCUGGAUCGGGUGCUUCUGCCAAGGGCAAGCCUGCUGUCCGGCAGCGCGAUUCCGAGAGGCCCUCAUACAAGGGCACAGCCAAACCGACGCAGACUCCCGAGCCGCCUACCUACCGUGGAACUGCGGGCCUGCCAUCAAACCGUGGUGGAAGUGAUCGUCGACACCAGUCUCGAAAUUCCCGACAGAACGAAUAUCUCGGAACUGACGAAGAAGAUGAGGGUGACCUCGGUGGCUAUGACGAUUACUACUCCGAUGCAUCAUCCGACAUGGAGGCUGGAAUGGACGAUGUUGACCGCGAAGAGGCUGCUGCAUUGGAAUUUGCCAAACGGGAGGACGAGAAAGAGCUGCGUCAAGAAAUGGCGGCUAAGAAAGAGAAGCUGGAGCGCCAGCGGAAAUUGGCUGCUCUUGCUUCUAGGAGCAAGCGUUGAAGUUUGGACGUUUUUAUACUGUGAAAUUUUUACUUUUUCACUUCUGACCACUUUCCACGAUCUCUUUUGUUUUGGAUAGGACUACAUAUUUACUCCGCAUUAUGAGCGUUCGGGGUGUCCAUAGACGGGGAUGCCUUCAUCUUUUUUUGCUUUGAAGCACCAUCAAUAGCGAGCGCUAUUUCAAUACCAACUUUCUUUUUUUUGGA